ACGAGUCAGACCGGAAGCUUUAGACUCGCUUCAGACCUUGUGUGUGCCGGACUUGAAGGUUUCCUACCGGACUGUGUUUUUUUUCCGAGAAAGUUUGGUGUUUCCAAGCAAUGGCCGCCGUGCGUCAUAUGGCCAUGGAGCCGUCCGGCUUCCACGUCCUCCCAGCCCACCUCAUGUCCUCCGCCAUGGAGGAGUUCCCCCAGCAGCUGCCCGUCCCCAAGGGCCCGUCCAGGGGCAAGAGCCGCGCCCGCCGGCCCCGCGAGGCCCGCUUCAAGACCCAGCCGGUCACGUUCGCCGAGAUCGCCGAGGUGGAGGAGGAGGGCUCCUCGCCGCUGGAGGAGGAGCGGGCGCGACGCUCCUUCUUGCAGUCCUUGGAGAACCUGAGGAGGAGCACCCAGACCCUCCACUGCUCUCCGGCCGCCCACCGCCACUGCGCCCCGUCGCACGCGCAGGCCGGCCUGGACUCCAGUGACUCCGACUCCACCCAGUGAGCAUCCUGGGGACGUUCUCGCCCCGAAGCGAGCUUCCGGCGUGCCUACUAACACAUCACCUGCAGUACACGACGUUGGACGUGCACCAGUACUGCGGCGUAGACGUGAGGAGUGUGGUAGCAACAAGCUUUCCUAAAUCUAUUCCUUUUUCUACCGUAGAGGCACACUUGAAAGUGGACAUUGUUUUGUUUUUUUGUAUUCCUAAAGUCCCGGGCCGCCAGUAGCCGCUCCGCUAAUGUUGUAAAUACGUGCAGUGGCCUGGCUGUCACUCGAGACAAAACUUUGACAAGAGUUUGCGCUCUUGUUGUGUGAAUAUUAAACGAAAAAGAUUCCUUUCUAAAAAAAAAUAUUUAUUCUUUUGUUUUGCUUUGUAACCAAAUGGAAUGUAGAUUUUUAUCCUGCUCCUGACUCGCAGAGUCGUCUCGACUCUUGUAGCAAACUGUAACCUUUGUACUGUACUUGAUAUAAAAUAUACUUUGUAUUAAUUGCAAUGUUUUGAAUAAAUAUUUGGAGUUCUUUCACUAUUAGAUGGGAAAGUCAAGUAAAGAUGAAUGUUAACGCCAUGUAUGUAAACCAGGAAACUGGACAACAUCUUGGAGACGCUGUCUGCUCUGCACGACGAAUUUGAGGACUAAAAAUGGACAAUGACAGUGAAAGGUUUAAAUUUGUUUGUGGCGACCCAUCGGCAUUCCUGUUCUGUCACCCUGUACAAUGUAUGUCUGCUCUUGAACGGGUCUGGGCCGGAAAUUAAAUUCAGUUGUACUUGUGCGAUGACAAUAAAGUAUCCUU